AUGGCGGACCAGUUACCUCACGACACUAGUACCAAACGCAAGCUCAACGAUCAUACCGGUGCCAGCACGGCCAGGAUGAGACAUAACCAAAUCCUUUUCAAUUCUUCUCUGAGAAGUCCCAUUCAAUUCUUCGUCCGUAUGUUUUCCGGCAAAACACUGGUCAUUCAAGCCGAUUCGUCUGAUACAGUUGCAUCUCUUCACUGGAAAAUCCACUCAAUCACCGGAAUUCGACCCAUCCAAUCGACCUCCUCCGCUGUACCAUCAAUGCAAGAGGGAUUAAUCUACCGCGGCAAACAGCUUGAGUUGUCUCAAACGUUAUCGGAAUGUGGCAUACAAAAUGACGAUACGCUGCAACUGGUCCGUAGAAUGAGAAGCAUGCACCAUCCGCAGACGUGGAAGCUAAUGAGUGACUUAAAUUUAAUUAUUGAUGACCUCUGCAACUGCAAUGAUAACCCAAACAUUAUUACUUAUGUCACCCGUCUGAGUAACAUGCUUACAGAUUUUCUGAUAAAAACACCGAAUUAUAGCGCAGAUGGAUCGGAGGAAUAUCUCCACAUAUUUAUUCACUCCUCUGUUCCUUCGUCCCUGGUAAAACUUUAUGUAUCUCCUUCUCUAAUUACAAAACAAGCUGCUCAUGGGUGCAUUUGUCAAUUUGUACAAAACUGUCUGAACCAUUUCACCAAUCCUACAACUGUAUAUAGACUGAUUGCUCCUAUAUUAUUCGAGUUCUGCACGAUUCUAAGAGGGGCUGCGGGUGUUGAUGAUGAUUUAUACCUAUUUUUCCGUAGUCGUUUAGCGGCAAUGAUGGUGGAGAAUGUCCAUGAUGUUAAGCAUGUAUUAACAUUGCAUCAUGUUUUCCCUUUUGUUGAUGAGUUGGCAACCACGUUAUCUCAUAGCUUGGAACUGAGUGCACAAUCACCGGAUUUUAAACAGUUAUCAGAUAGUGAUGUGCUUGUGUUUAUUCAGUUGAUGCAUUCGGUAAAGCAGGUAAUACGGCGUCAAACAGCAUUUGGCAGUCCGGUCAGUUUACCUUGGUUGAUGCAAGAUGAAGCAGCAAAUGAGCUUAAAGGUGUGCAUACUAUAAUUUGUAACUUGCUGGACAAAAUGGACUUGUGCCUAAAGGAACUGGAAAACCAACUGGCUUUGGUAAACAUAGGGAGACGUGAGCCUAUUGUAGGCUGUUGGUUCCAGUAUCUUCUGAUUUUGAAGGAGUUGGAAAGUAUUUCAAAGUUGUAUAAGGGAUUGGAGGAAAUGUUUUGGGAGAAGAUGAGUCAAAGAGGAGUUGGUUUGUGCUAUCUGAUAGGUAGACUUUCAAAAAAGUCUACAGAUUAUCAAUGGAUUCUUGAGCACAAGGAGGUGACGAAUUUUAAGACAAGGCAACGUUUUGCCUUGCAGAUGCUUCAAGAAGGGAGGCACAUGAGGGAGGAGCUUUGGGAGAUGCUCAUUAGCAGGUCUCGUUUGUUUGAAGACUCGUUUGAGUACAUUGGACAUGCUAGUCGUAGGUCGCUGCGAGGCCAGUUAUUUAUUCGAUUUGAGAAUGAAGAAGCUACCGGGCCUGGUGUGUUGAGGGAGUGGUUUUCCUUGGUAUGUGAAGCAAUUUUCAACCCUCAGAAUGCUCUAUUUGUUUCAUGCCCAAAUGACGGGAGAAGGUUUUUCCCAAAUCCAGAUUAA